GGAGACGUUAUCCAACAUUUAAACAAUCUGCAUGUUCUUUCUGAUUGGCUGCAAUGCACUUCCGGUCAUACCCAAGAGCCAAUCAAAAGGCUUCCCUGGCUGUGUUUUGAAUCGGAGGCGGUUUUAACCGUCAGGCGCCGCCGAAGCUCAUGGUGAACAAGAAAACGAGCAGCAUUAUUGUAAAAAACGGAAUUAACUAUCGCUCUAACAUGGAUUUGGACUCCAUGAAAUACGCAGAAUUGCAAAAGCUCGCGAAAGAGCUCGGACUUAAAGCGAACAUGAAGGCUGAUAAACUCCUGAAAGCCAUAAAACAGCAUUACCAACAAGAAAACAACAACGAGGAGGACGCGCAGGGACAAAAUAAUAAUGCUGCAAUUGUCCAAGAAGAUGAAAAUGCAGCUCAGGGUAGUCAAGAUGCAGCUGAGGAAGCAGCUUCCAGCUCCACUGUGUUUGUGAACACACGUCGAGGGAAAGGGAACUGUAUCAAGAGAAAGCUCCCUGAUGCUGCAGCAGCGACUAAGUCUGGUGCUGAGAUGCCUAAAAAUCAUGCAGAGGCUAACAAUGAGGUGGAUGUACCCUGCAAUGCCAGGGGUGCUAAGAAGAGAAGGCUGUCCUCUGCCAAGGAUUCUGGCAAACCUGAAGCAGAGCCUUCAACCACUGUCAAUGAGCAGCAGCCUGAUAUGAAGGAUGAAGCACCUGUGCAUGCUGAAGAAGAAAGAGCACCAAAAGUAGUCAAAGCUGGUAAAAUCCCUCGGCUGCAGCAGAAGGACAAACCUUUGUUGAAACCUGUCACUCCGAACUUCAAAAAACUCCAUGAGGCGCAGUUUAACAAGAUGGAGUCUAUUGAUUCCUACUUCCAGAGGAGGACAAAGCAGAUGGAGACCCACAAAAAUCAAGACCUGAAGAAGGUUUCAGACAAAACUAAACCGCAGCAAGUUGAUGACAAAGCUCAAGCGAAGAAAAAUCCCACCCGUGCUACCAUGUUCAGUCCUGCCCUGGUGAACAAGAAAACAGCUGAAGAAAGACGCAGACACACUUUGCUCUCAGCCAGCAAACCUCCUCCAAAUAAACCUGCCAGGAAGGACAGUGUUCCUUUCAGACCAUCUGUUCUUUCCACUCGCAGGAUCAAUGUUCGAUUCUCAGAAGCUACUCAGGACAACGAACACAAGAGGUCUUUGGUGAAGACGCCGGCACGCAUGUCACCCUGCCUGGCCUCCAGCACCCCACAGAGACAGGCCGCUAAUGCAGGAAAACACAACGGUGUCAACACGCCAGCUUUCUCUGCCACAAAAAUUCCAGGGCCGUUUGUUUUCUCCGGCAACACGAGCACUUUAACAACCCCUGGAACACAAAAGAAGCCCACCUUUGAUCUGAAGGCGAGUCUGUCUCGUCCUCUCAGCUACAGGCCUCAUACAGGUAAACUGAAGCCGUUUGGAGAGGUCAAAGAAAACACGGCAGGAAACCAAUCUGUGAACUCAAAUACGCGUCAGGAUAAUUACAAACAGCACAAAGUCCAGUCAAGGGACGACAGGAGAACAAAACAAAAGGAGGACCGGAAGCAGAAGAAAGAAAAUAUGCUUGGUGCAAGAAGAGGCCUCGUCAUGAUGUAAAAAUACUCAGCUUUUUGAUGUCGUUUGUAAAGCCUGCUGUCCUGCUGUAAAUAUUGUCGUCUGCAAUCUCUUUUAGCUUGUGGUAGGAAAGUAGAUACACUUACGUCUUACAAGUUUUUUAGGUUUGACUCAUUAAUUACUAAAGCACAUUUUUAACUCUGAAUGAUGCAUUUUUGUAUUUGAUUUGUAGAAGGUCGAUGUCCUGUUUUGCUGCGUUUUGUUAUUAAACACUUUAUGCUUUCUUUUUACAUUUUUGGGAGAACAACUUGAUAUAAAAGAGACACAAAAGAUUUCCUUGUCUGUAUUCUCAUUUUCCAAAUAAAUUUGCUACUGCA